AUGGCGGAUUUCGCCAGGACCGAACGACAGACAAGACAGAUGGAAACAGAACAUACAGUUCCAGUGUCGGCAUCUGGCAUGCCUCUACAAGGCCAGCCAAUCCAGAUUGUCAUCACUGGAGAGGAUCACCAGUUUGAACUAGAUGAAACUAAGCUGGAAGAGAUCUUGUUGAACCCUCGGAUACAGGAUAAAAAAGUGGCUGUAAUUUCUGUGGCAGGAGCCUUCAGGAAGGGCAAGUCAUUCCUCCUCGACUUCUUCCUCAGAUACAUGAAUGCCAAGGGUCACCCAGACUGGUUAGGUGGAGAUGAUGCACCCUUGACAGGAUUCUCAUGGCGGGGAGGCUCAGAGAGAGAAACAACCGGAAUCCUUAUGUGGAGUGAACCUUUUAUAUGUGAAAUACCAUCAGGAGAACAGGUGGCGGUGCUAUUGAUGGAUACACAGGGUGCAUUUGACAGCGAAUCAACAGUAAGGGAUUGUGCCACAGUAUUUGCUCUGAGUACUAUGCUCAGUUCUGUCCAGGUUUUCAACUUAACACAGAAUAUUCAGGAAGAUGACUUGCAACACUUACAGUUAUUUACAGAGUACGGAAGGUUAGCCCUGGAAGCAAAUGAUAAUGUCUCCAAACCAUUUCAGUGUUUGGAAUUCCUUGUGCGAGACUGGAGUUUCCCAUAUGAAGCACCCUAUGGCGCAGUAGGGGGGCGCAAGAUCCUGGAGCGUCGCCUCCAGGUAUCAGACAGACAGCAUCCAGAGCUUCAGCAAUUGCGGCUUCAUAUCAAAUCCUGUUUUACCAGCAUUGGCAGCUUUUUAAUGCCCCACCCAGGACUAGGGGUGGCUACUAAUCCCAUGUUUGAUGGCAAACUCAAAGACAUUGAAAAAGAUUUUAAGGAACAGUUGAACAUUUUAGUACCGUUACUACUUGAUGAUUCCAACCUGGUUGUCAAGGAGAUCAAUGGAUGCAAAAUCACAUGUCGAGAACUAGUGGAAUAUUUCAAGGCCUACAUCAAGAUUUACCAAGGAGAAGAACUGCCUGAGCCCAAGUCCAUGCUACAGGCAACAGCAGAAGCGAACAACUUAGCAGCAGUUUCCAGUGCCAAGAGUCUUUAUCAAAAGGAAAUGGAAAAUAUUUGUGGUGGAGAUAAGCCAUUCCUACACCCUGAUGCUUUAGAAAGAGACCACCAACGCUGCCUUGAGAAAGCUUUGUCAACAUUCACAUCCACACGAAAAAUGGGUGGACCCGAGUUCAGCAAAGGCUAUGGUGAUCAAUUGGAAAAAGAGUUAUUAGAAAUGUAUGACAAUUACAAGAAACAUAACGAUGGUAAAAACAUUUUCAGUUCCGCCCGUACCCCAGCUGUGCUGUUUACAGUGAUGGCCAUGGCAUAUGUGUUUUCAGGGGUGUUUGCACUGAUUGGACUAGACUACUUUGCCAACCUUAUGAACUUAGUGCUGUUUGUGUUCCUUAUGUUAUUGUGUACCUGGAUGUAUGUGCGUUAUAGUGGUGAACAGAGGAUGUUGGGAGAACAUAUAGACUUUAUUGCUGAAGUGAUCUGGGAUAAGGCCCUUGCUCAAGUCUACACAAAAGUUUUGGAGCAGGGAGUGAAGCAAGCAGUGCGACAGAAUUCUCGACCAAAACAAGAAUAACAGCAUCCUACUGGUGUUCAGUUCUGUUGAACUCUGACAGGGUGGGAGAAGCUCACUGUUACAUUUCCAAAAACAUCCACAAUUGGAGGACUAUUAUGUUAAUGAAACUGUAUCUGGAAGAAAGUAAUCUAGCCUUUAUUUAGAUAUACAAGUUAGAAGCCUCCUAACAAGACGGGACAAAAAAUAGGGUAAACAUUUUCGAGAGGUCUGUGAUCAGGAACUUGUAGAUUUUGUACCUGAUUUAGCUACAGUUUGUACAUCUGAAAAAGAUUUUCGGCUUCAUUAUUCUUGUAACGAUUAAUUUUAUUUAUAUUAGAUUUGCUAUACUAUAUGAUAAGAAAUUGGGAAUUGGUUUUUACUAAUUUAUUUAUCCUCAUAAAGUUUUUUUUUAACACUGUUAAAACACGACUCUCAACUUUAGGGCAAAAAGUAGCAUUUAAUAUCAUAUUGUAUAAAAUGAUCCAAUGAAACUAUACAAAGUACUUCUGUAAAUGUAACAUAUUUAGAAUUAUUUCGUUACCCACAUCAAGUCCGAUAUCUUGUUUCAAUGAUACUGUUAUUUUCGUGGUACUGUAUCUUCUCAGAAAAAUAUUGAGAUAGUUGAUAUUAUUGUACUAAAAUAGGAUUAUGUAUUUGGUAGUGUUAAAAAAUACUGCAGGACAUAAAAGGAAGUAUUCAACAUAUAUUAGUAAAUUUAAUUGAUUUUCUUCUCAGUUAAUUUAGAGACUUUCUUAUAGGAAAGCGUAGUUACAUAGUUACAUCAACAGUUUUUGGUGCAAAACAUAGGUGCAAUACUUAAUUCUAUCCAAUGUCAUUGUUUGUUGUAGAAUUUUACUACAUGUAUCAGUAAAGUUAAAUGGGUCAAACCCUAUAUAUACAAAGUGAAUGAUAUUGUUUGGUAAAUGCUGUUUAUAAUUAUCUUUUUUUUCUAAACAUGAUUAAUAGAAAAAGGGAGAUAAACCGAAAACUUUCUGACCUCAUUUUGUUUUGUUUACUUGGAGCAAACAAAUGCAGAUGUAGAUUUGAUAUAUGCAAAUUAUCCGUAGUAUUUGCAAGGUAACUUAAUGUUAAAACAAUUGUACUAAUUUUAUGGUGUUUUAUUUGUGAAGAUUUCAAAUUUUCAACUAAUACCAUUCCAAGACUGCUUGUCUGUGUCACCAGUGUUCUGAAUGUUUGUGUUUCUUUUCUUUCCAAAUUUUCACUGACCUUUAUCUGACCUGAUUUUGAAGAUUUUUUCCGUGUUAAGUUUUGAUCUGUUUUAUGAAUAUUUCCAAGAUUUUCCAGUUGCAAUGUCAUAUCACAAUAUCAACACUUUGAUAUUAUUUCAUUUACUUCAGCAGUAUGUUUGAGUUGAAUGUCUAUUUCAGUAAACCUGUAUCAUGAAAAUGAUUGCACCAAAAAUGAAUUUCCCGUGACAAUUUGAUAAACAAAGCAGGGAUUAUAUACAUUGUCCAUACAUCAUGUAAUUAGUGCUACCAUUUUGUUGGUACUGAUUAUAGGAUGAUAUGUGAUCUGAGUGUCUUCUUUAUAAAAAAGUGAGUAACAUUAUCAUUUUUUUUCACAAUAUGUCUGGAUUUAUUUUCAUUUGAUGUAUCUGAUUUAUUGAUUUUUUUUCCGUACAUGAACUGGUCAAAUAUCCAACGCAACUCUGUGUAUUUGUCUCAGCUUCAGAUAUCUGGUUAUACAAACCGUAACUAUUUUUAUACCAAUAAAUGUGGAAUGUUUCUUUGUCAGAUCCAUGACAAAAAAUACUCUUGCUGUGUUUAAAAUUGUCACUCUUGUUGUAUAAUUGUGUGUGGAUUUGAAUUAAUAUUAAAUUUUCAAAUUUUAUUCAAGUACAGGGCUGUAAGGUAUAACUAUAAGAUAUUCCACUAAAAGCAGUAUUAUUUAAACAAAAGCGACAAUAACUUUUAUUGUUACAGUGUAUUUAUAUAUAUUUGAUGGCAAUUUAUCUGUAAUUCUGUUUAGAUCAGCUCAAAUAAGAUUUAGUUUAGCUUCAAUAAUUGAUUAAAUCAGUUUUGAUAUAAAGCAAAAUAAAAAUUCAGUAUAAUGCUGUCAGCCAAGUUUUAGCUGAUAUUUUUUAUCCUAUGAACUAUUUCAAAUUUUAUUGUAGUUUACAGAUCAUACAAUUGUAGUUCGAUAUCAAUUCCAUAAUAGGGAUAUCAUUUGAUAUAUAUUCAUGUCUAAAGAUAUAUGUUGACAAUUUUGAUAAAGUUACAUGUUUCAGUUUCAUCAUCAUCUAAUACACAAGGGUUUGACAAAUGAAAGAGGAAACAGAAUUAAUAACUGUUUCAGUGACAUCAGUACAUUGUAUAAACAUUAAUAUGCACAAUUUGAAAUGUAUUGUUUACAACCAGAUUGUUUUUUAAAAUCUUGGAUGUCCACCGUAAUAUAAUUAAAAUCUGCUUAAAGAGGUUCUACUGUAACACGUUGACUUCAAAUCCAUAGAUAAUUGACAUUUUAGAAAUAAUCAUUAGAUUUCUACACAAUCUGGUUCAUUUUUUACUGCUCUGUUGUUGAUGUAUUUAUUUCAAGUGUCAACUUUGUUGAACAGUAGUUUUUUUUUUUUCUAUCAAACAACCAGAGGUGAUACACUUAUUAUACCUAUAUCUGUAGAUUUAUUUUAUAAAAGAUAUGCAUUUGUUUAUAGAUUGUCGGAGCCUAUGAACCUUAAUCCUAUUUAACAUUAAAUAUGGUAGGUAAUGUGAUGUUUUUGCCUUUAUAAAUAAUGUGACGUACCUAACACAUAGCAUCAUGAUUGUGUAGAAGCCUUAUAAGCCUGGCCACCUUAUUUCACCACAACUUCAAAUUAAUUAAAACAGACAGAUUUCAGAUUUUUUUCCAAGAUAGCAAAAGUCAAUCAAAUUGCAAAAAAUUCUUUGUGCGAACACUUUAGAUAGCAGGGACACACUAUAGAGAGCAGUGCCUUACAAUGACAUCAAAAGUAAUACAAUGUGCAUCCAACCCUGAUGUUUCCUCUCUUAAUAUUUUAUAUGAACAAGGUCCUUCUUCUGUUCGUUUAACAGUGAUAUGUCACAUUGAAUGUUAUACCGAAUGUAAAUUUCAAACAUUUUUUGUGAGUUAUAUAUAUAUUUAACUUGUCUAAGUGAUGUUAUGAUAUUUAUUAUAUUAUGUCGUUGAUAGACUCUUACUUGUCUACAAGGUCUGUUCACUUGUCUUCAUUACAGUAGAGUUAUCUCCCCUCGUUUUCACUUCCUAACAGGACAGCAGUAUUAAAAGAAUACACCAAUUCAUUUUAUCAUUGUGAGAAUGUCUUAGAAAUAUUCUUACCUUCUUUUAUAACACUUAGAACUUAUUUACCCAGAAUGUACCAGUGAUGAAACAGCAAAUGUUGGCACCAAAAGAAAAAAGUUUUAAAACAGAAAGACAAAAACAAGUCACCAAUAUCAGUGAAAAAAAUUAUAACAGAUUGAAAAAAGUAACAAUGCAAAGAAGUUACAACACUUCUGAUAUUUCUGUUGCAUGACAUUAAAUCUAACAGAUCAUUCUAUACUAAACUACUGACUGAUGAUCACUAACAUUGUUAUCUCAUUGUUGAAUAACAAAAGAUUGAUUACAGUUUAAUAACAAAAGAUUGACAAUAGUAUAAGUCAUGAUUAAUGUAAAGUCUAUGUAAAUUAUUUCUCUGUGUUUUUACACUGUAAAUAUUGGUGCAUUGCAAGUUAAUAUCAAAUUGGGUCGGUUUUACUUUAUCUUAGACAAGGCCUUAACUGUGCUGCACAGUCUGGUGUAUUGCUAGAUUGACUAACAACAUACUGAAUUCUUUUCAUGAAGAAUAUUUAUUAGAAUAUUUGAAUUUUUGAACAAUUUGAACAACUUGGCGGCAAUAGGGAUUUAAAGCAAUGAAUAGGAAUAAAAUAUUUUCAGAAAUAGAAUGAAUUUCUAAUGAAAACAAAGCUAUUGCAAUUUUUGUAAAGACUUGCUUAGCUCACAUAUAGUGCUUCAAACAGCUUAAGUCUGUUUUUGGGGAAAACUGGUUUGUGAUGAUGUACAGCUUCUGAUGUAUAAGAGGUUGGGGUUUGUGCUUAUCCAUUGCAAAGUCUUCUGGUAAUUACAAUACUUAAAUGAAGAAUAUCCUUGGAAUUUUGAUAGGGUAACAUUGCUGCAAGAUUUUCAUCUGGAAUGCAAAUAAAAACAUGCUUAUUUACUUAUUUAUUGUCCAAUAGAAUUCGUUUUCUGUGUCUUACAGAUUUUAACUGUCUCCUAGAAUUUUAUGAAAUACAGGAGAAGUCAUAUACAAUGUAUGCUAACAUUUAGUAAUGCAUUAUAAACUGUUUGCACUUGCAGCUACCGAGUAUAUCAGUAUAUGUGUCAUUUAGUAAGUGUAAACAUGUUCUGAUGACUAGUAACUCUCCCACAAACAUCACAUAAUUGUCUCGGUAGUAAUACCAUCAAUUGUCAUUAUAUAGCGAAUACAAGAAUUUUUUUCUUUUUUUCUUUCAUUUCUGUAAUUCACAGAAUUUAACUUGUUUCUUGAAUUCAAUUUUACAUCACACCUUUAUAUAAGAUGUGGAAAGCCAUGUGAUCGAUCAGACUUAGGAUAAAGUCAUACUAUAUCUUAUCGACCUUGAAUUCAUAUCCUUCAGGGAUUUUUAUAUAAUCAUAGUUGUGACCCAUACUUUUUGUACUACAAGGAGGCAAAUGUAAAUAUAAAUAUGUGCCAAAAAAAAUUAGUUUGUCAAUCUGUGUGAAAUAUACAUGUACAGCUGUAUUUUACCUGUGACAAAGGCCAAACUGAUGUCCUGAGAACCACAUAAAAUAGUGUGGUGGUAAGACUUCUUAAUACUAGACAAUAUUGCUGCCUAUACUUAUAAGAUUUGCAUAAAAAUGUGGUAAUCACCAAAUUUUUUUUUUUAAUAAAUUUAUGAAACAUGAGAUUAUCUUUAUACCAAACCUUUAGUAAUCUAAAGAGCAAGGAUAGAACAUCAGAAAUGUCUUCAAUGUGGGUCUGUUUUUUUUUUUUUUUUUUGUUUUUUUUUAUAAUGUAAAAUCUGUUGAACUAAAGCUGUGCUUAUUACGGAACAACAUAUUCUAAAUCUGACAUAUUGGCCAAUCACUGGACUUAUCACAGAUGACAUAUGGAAGUUCAAUGUAUAUAAAGUAAGAUACAUCUAGAUGACAAUGUUUGGAUGAAUCACUUCACUGAGCAUUCAAUGUGGUGGAUUUUAACUUCAUUUCAACGCAUGAAGAUUUUCCUUCUUUGUGUUGUCAUAAUGUAUAAGCCAAUUCAACAUUGAUAUAGGAAUCCCUAGAAGAGUUGGUGGGAGUAACACAUAUAGAUAUAUUUAAUUUCAUGUUUAUUUUCUUGUAAAGUUUGAAGGUAUUUCUAGUGCAUGGCAUUUAAGUGCUAAGUUUAAGGGGAAACUAAUGUUUUUUCUACUAUUUGUACAUGAAGAAUGUAUUGUGUUUGGUAUAUGGGAGAACUUGUUAUGUGUUGUUGAUUUAGAAUAUGAUGUUUGUACUAAAUGUCUUUUUGGAAUACGGAUCAUCAUCAUAAUGUUGCUUUUAAUGUCUCAUUCUGAACAUUAAAAUCAUUUGUUGCAUGAAUUUGUUUUGUGCGCAUUUUUUUUUUUUUAUAUAUAUAUAAAUAAGGAAUGGGGUUCAAACAACUAAGCUAGCUUCAUGAAUUUUAUCCGUUCUCAUCCUUUACUCAGUGUUAGGUAGGAACUGCUUGUUUACAAUCUGUUUCAAGUUCCAUCCGUCAAAAACUCUAAUGUCAGACAUAUUACGCCGGGGAAAUUCAGGUAUAGAAAAAGUUGCCAGUCGCAAACCUUAGUUCCACAACCGGAGCUGAUUUAAAUAUGACAUGCAGCAUGAUUGAUUUCUUCAUGUUGAAUAUGUGAUGAAUUCUACAUGAUAGAUAAACUACUUGUCAACUGAAUAUCAUAAAUGGAAGCAAAACACAUUGCAUAUUCUUUAAACCAAAGAGCCAUGUCUUCAGAAUAGUAAGUUCAUGUGGGUGCAAAUAGAUUGGGAGCAGAAGAAAGUGUUUUGAUGAACCAUCCAGUCAACAAGUGAUAGCUCAGAAAUGAUCAAUUUCUAUAAAGGCAUUGUUCACUUAAUGCCUUAACAAACACUGAAUGCGUUUCACAUUCGGCCAGAAAAGUAGUGAAUCUGACAAAGAAUUUGCGUUUAAAAUGUAAGCUAAGCCCAUACUACAUGCUUAAUGCUUUGUGCUAAAUGCUUAAAGUCUACUUAUUAAAUGCAACAAGUCAAGUGCUUUGUAAAAUGGUCUACUGACAAUAUUAAGCAAACCAUGCUGGAUGUGUGUAUACUUUGCCUUAGUCAGCUGAAAUCUACUUUGUGUGUGUCAUCUGGAGACCCUGGUGAUAAUAUGGCCAGUACGACAUGUGAAAUGCUUUGUGAUUAAUUCAAAUGUUUUAUGGACCCUUUCAACGAUCACUGAAAACCUACCUCAUAUAACCACACUGAGUCUUACGAAGGAUAUUCCAGCUUGUAAAUUUAGCAUAUUGUGUCAUCUAACUAUGGAAGUGUGUACCCAAUGAAAAUUUCUUAAUUGCUGAUAUACAUAUAUGCUAAUAACUGAUAAAAGAUUCAAUGUAUCUUGUAAGCAGAGACCAUUUUGGUAAUAACCCCUGAUCAUAUGUAGAUUAAUAUUAAGAUACAAUCUAUAUUUUCUCUUGCAUUUUACCUUCUCCUUAACAUUAAAACAAUGCAGUGGACUGAAAAUGACAUGAAAAUAUCUGUAUUGCAAUAUGUAAAAGGGUAUAAGAAGAAUUGCACAUGGGUCAUUUAUUGAUAUCUAAACAAUCUGUCCUAUUGCUAAAAGAAGGCAUUUUUUCAUAAGUUUUUAACCAUUAUUUCAUUAUCAUUCAAGAGAAACAUUACAUUGCUAUUAAAAAUCAUAUCUGACAUUGAACAAACAGGUGACUUCUUUUCAUAGUGUUGUCAGUAUUAUUCUGACAUUCUAUCAACAUGCAGGCCCCUAUGGCCUCUUGUUAAGGACAUACUUCAGAGUACUAUGUAAGAUAUUUGAGCAAAUAUUUUCAACUUUGAAAAUUUAUUGAUUGUAAAACAAACAAAAGCAAAAAUCCUCUUUGAAGAAAAGCCAUUGGAUGACAGUUCAUUUUACAUCGUAUGCAUUUGUAAAUAUCAUUUAAAGAGAAAUUUUUAACCCUGAUAAGAUUCUCCGAUUGCACACGAAAGUUACUGUACAGCCUUCUCCACAAUAAAUGUUCAAUCCACAUCAGAUGAAUUAAUGUGAAACAGAAAUUUGGUUCAUCCUUGUAAAAUAAAUCGUUGGAGAUCCUUUACCGGAAAAUAUAUUGUUGUGGCUGAAUAUUGUCAAUCAUCUUUCAGUACCAUAUAAGAAAAAAGUAUAUGUAUAUAUAGUUUCCAUAGAGAAACCUAUCUUUUGUAAGUAGAGGUAUUUACUGAAUUCUGUGCAUGUCGCAUCGUAUAUGCAGUAUCUAUAUGCAUAGCAAAUACCUCUACGUUUUCGUUCCCCCGACUUUCAACAGGCUCAUAAAAAGUCAUAUUUUCAGACUAUCGAGAGUGUAUGGGAAGGAUACAGUACACAAUGAGAAUGUAUUUGCAUAUAUAUUUAUGAUUUACGAGAAUCGGAGAUGUAGUAGGUGUCUGUGGCAAAUGCAUUAAUGCAGUUGAAAAUAGAGUCCAAAUUAGGCUCACGUGAUUUCUGAACAGAUACGUUACAUAAGGAGAUAAAUAUUCGUCUAUUUAAUUUCAGAAUUGGAAACAAUAUAUCAUAUUACAUCAUUUUAUGACGUCUUCUAAUUCGUCAUUGUGUCAGAGAAGAGUGUGAUGGGUGUUUGAGUCAUUUUUUUCUCGACCAAUUUUAACUGAUUUUUCGUUGUAAAUAAUAAACUAGUUGAGCAUUA